AUGGGACUGGACAGUGACUGGCAUUCGGAGUACUACUUCCCCAUGCACCGGUGGGUGAACCACUCGCUGCGCUACGAGCUCGCCGAGUACGCGUGUUGCCUGCCGCAGGACGACCUGUGCCCCGACCUGCGGCGCCUCGACCUGCAGGAGAAGAGGAAGUACUACCAGUACAUCGUCAGGAU